AUGAAUAAAUUUGUAUUUUCGCUCUUUAUUGUAUUCUUGUUUAAUUGCGAUAUAUGUCACACAAUACGUGAAUAUAGUAAAGAAGAUGUUUAUAAGUUAAGAGAAGAAGUAAAAGAAAUGUUCCAACAUGCGUACGACAGCUACCUUAGAUAUGCAUAUCCAUAUGAUGAGUUACGUCCUCUAAGUUGUGAUGGGAUGGAUACUUGGGGCAGUUAUUCUCUCACCCUUAUAGAUGCAUUGGACAUGCUCGUCAUCAUGGGGAAUUAUACAGAGUUCAACAGAGUGGUUGAUAUAGUUCUAGAGAAGCAGAACUUUGACACUGACAUCAAUGUAUCAGUAUUUGAGACUAAUAUAAGGAUCAUUGGUGGCUUACUUAGUGCUCACCUUUUAUCAUACAAAUCUGGUAUGAAACUUGAACCUGGUUGGCCUUGCAAUGGCCCCUUACUUCGCCUUGCGGAAGAUGUUGCUCAGAGGCUCAUUGCUGCCUUUGAUACAACAACAGGAAUGCCAUAUGGCACUAUUAACUUGCGAUCUGGGGUCCCACCCGGUGAAACAAGCAUAACAUGUACCGCUGGUGUAGGAACAUUCAUUGUGGAGUUUGGCACUUUAAGCCGACUAACUGGCGAUCCUUUAUAUGAAGAGGUUGCAUAUAAUGCUCUGAAAGCCUUGUAUCACCACAAAUCUCCGAUAGGUCUUGUGGGUAACCAUAUAGAUGUGAUGACAGGCCGUUGGACUGCUCAGGAUGCUGGCAUUGGGGGCGGUGUGGACUCAUAUUAUGAAUAUUUGGUAAAAGGUGCUAUACUGCUGGAGCGGCCAGAAUUGAUGUCUAUGUUUAUGGAGGCGAGAGUCGCCAUAGACAAACAUCUCCGUAAAGAGGACUGGUAUGUUUGGGCCAGUAUGUUGCGUGGACACGUCACUCUGCCAGUCUACCAGUCGUUGGAUUCAUAUUGGCCUGGAUUAUUGGCCCUCACAGGUGAAAGUGAUACAGCUAUGCGUAUCAUUCACAACUAUCACAGUGUGUGGAAGCAGUACGGGUUCACUCCAGAGGUUUACAACCUGGGUACUGGCGAGGCAUCCACUACCAGAGAGAGUUACCCUCUCAGACCAGAGCUCAUUGAAUCCAUCAUGUAUCUGUACCGUGAGACACGAGACCCUAUCCUACUUCAGAUGGGAGAAGACAUAUUGAGGAGUAUACAGCACAGCGCCAGAACACCCUGUGGUUAUGCCUCGAUUAAAGACGUCCGAGAUCAUCGCAAAGAAGACAGAAUGGAAUCGUUUUUCUUGGCAGAAACGACCAAGUAUCUGUACCUAUUGUUCGAUCCGGAUAAUUUCAUUCACAAUCCCGGCGUCCAUGGGACUAUAAUAAACACACCAAAUGGCGAAUGUAUAGUCGAUAUGGGGGGUUAUGUGUUUAACACUGAAGCACACCCCAUAGACCCUUCCAUGCUGCACUGUUGCCAUGAACCAAAUCAAGGAAUCAAUAUCAGCGAAAUGCACAGAAUAUAUCAAUUGUUAGAAGAAGAGGACAACAUUAAGUUUAUGUCAAUGAUAGACGCUACGACCGUUUCGAAUCGAACAAUUCCUGUAACUAAACAAGACACGGAAACGGAAAUUACAUCAAAUACAGAAAAUACAUCAAAUGUAUCAAUCAAAACAGAGACUAGGACCGGUUAUGUCAAUUUAGAUGGCAGUGAGAGGGAAAAAAGUAAAAAUGAAUCGCUGGGAAACAUACUGAAAGAGCACAUAACUAACUUCUAUAAUAAUAGUAAAAUUAACGAGAGCGAGAAAACGACAACGGAAUAUUUGAAGCCAAAUAACGAGAAUGUUGAUGUCGACGACAUAAUAACACCGCGGACCCAACAAGAAGUUAGCAAAAUACAACCUCCGAGUGAAACGAGAGCCAAGGAAGCUUUGAAGCUAUUACCGAAUGUCAUUCAGGAUUUCUUGAACAGCGACUGGAAAUCUAAAUCGAAAUGUGAACCGCAACAUAUGUUGGAGAGAAUUAGAAAAGAGAAAUUGUAUCCAGAUCAUCCGGAUGUUGGAAAAUACGAGCUCUUAUUGACGCCGGCUCAGUCUUUCCUUCAAAGAAUAUCGUUAGCCGGCGAAUUCCUAAAUAAGAAACAAUUGGAGCUAUGA